AUGUCUGUUUCAAUUCAGGACUGCGCACAGGCUCGGGCUGGGUUCCCACGCCCGGUCCCAGACACUCCCUCCAAUGCCCUUGAGCAGCUCCGUAUGACCGGAAAGGUCGUGGUUGUCACCGGUGCUGCCGAUGGGAUUGGGUUGGCUGUGACAGAGGCCAUGGCCGAGGCGGGCGCUCACGUCGUUCUGUGGUACAACUCGAACAAAGCUGCCAUUGAGAAGUCUCAAGACCUGGCGAAGAAGCACAACGUGAAGAGCGCUGCUCAUCAAGUCGAUGUUUCCGAUUCUACCCAAGUGUCUGGCACAAUCGCCAAGGUUGUCCAGGAAUUCGGCAAAAUUGAUGCUUUUGUUGCCAAUGCAGGCAUGGCUAUUUCAAGACCCAUUCUGGAACAAACCUUGCCCGAGUAUCAGAAGCAAAUGUCCGUGAACGUUGACGGUAUCGUAUAUUGCGCCAAGUAUGUCGGCGAGGUCUUCCAGCGCCAGGGCUUCGGCAACCUGAUCAUCACUUCAAGCAUGAGCGGCCAUGUGGUCAAUGUUCCCGUUGACCAGCCAGUGUACAACGCGACCAAGGCAUAUGUCACUCAUUUCGGCAAGUCGCUGGCUCGCGAGUGGCGUGAAUUUGCACGAGUGAACAUUGUCUCGCCCGGCUUCUUUGACACGAAGAUGGGAGCCAGUCCCCUGUGCAUCAACGAGGCAUACCGCAUGUCGUCGCUGGGAAGACAGGGUCAUGUCAAGGAGAUCAAGGGGUUGUAUCUCUACCUCGCCAGUGAUGCUUCUACCUACAUGACUGGAAGUGAUGUGAUCAUUGACGGAGGAUAUACUUUGCCUUGA